CAGCUGCAUUGAUGCGAUCCGCGCCAACACUACCGACAGAAGAGAUGGACCACACCAAGUACCACUCGUCGGUCGUCAAGCUCUCUCGUCGGUCGUCGACCAAGGCGCGUCACUUUCGCGUGCUCGAGCGUUCCGUGCGCGUCAUCGAUCUCUUCGUCAACGUCUACUCGAUCACCGCCUUUGUGCUGACGUCAUCGCUCUUUGACCUCCUCCUCAUGCGCCAAGGCGUCUUCCACGACGAUGUUCUCGACGGCGUGUACGACUUUGCGCCAUUGACGGCCAACGACCACAUCAUCUUGGAUCUCAUGCACAACGCGACCGAGAGCAAGUACAUGGGCACGGCGACGGCGGCGAUGGCCACGCGCGCCGGCGGCAACACGUCGAGCUGGUGCUCUCGCAUUCACAACACGCUUGGCGUCUCGUACCAUACCGUAUACAACGGCGACGGUGUCACCCGCCGCUUCCUCCGGUACGCCCACGUCAACCUGCCCGUCAGCUGCACAGGCUGGACCGUCGCGCCAGGCGGUGCGGUCGACGCACCGCGGUUACUUGCGGUCGACGACGCCCGACGCUCGUAUGGCCAUUCGUACCUCAACUGCACUGACCCGCGCUACUACUUGCCGGUGUUUGGUGCCAGUCAGAACCUCUCGAGCUUCCGGUUCCGCGCCGGGUACAUCGUCGCGCAGCAGCACUACGCCGGCGCAACCUACGGUGUCGUGACGCACCUCUCGAAGUGCACGGCCAUCAAACUCGACAACGAUUCGACGCUCUACAAGGUCGUGCCGUUCCCAGACGGCGACACGAACGACGAAGUCAACAUGCUCUUUUCGCGAAAAAACGUGCUGAUCUCAUCGUCAUCGUUGUGCUGCUCCGCGAGCUCGUUCGGUCGUCCUACUGGCUCGUGA